UUUGUUGCUUUACAUCUUCUGUUGUGAAUUUGUUUUUCUACCCGGUGCACUGAAUUCGUAUAAAUUUUUACUUCGCAAUGGCAUCCGAGUCAGAACCUUCAACUUCAACUUCCCAAGGAAUUAUUGAAAUACACCAAGUUCCCAUCAUUGUAAAAUGGGGUGGCAAAGAGUAUACAGUAACAGAUUUAACGGAUCAGGACACUGUAGCUGUGCUGCGUCAUGAAAUCUUCAAACUCACACAGGUGCGACCUGAAAGGCAAAAAUUACUGAAUCUCAAAUAUAAAGGUCAAGUAGCACCAGAUGAUACCAAAAUAUGCCUACUGGAGUUGAAACCUAAGUUUAAACUUAUGAUGGUCGGCUCUACUGAAGCAGCUAUAGAGGGGGCAUGUCAGUUGCCUGAUGAAAUAUCUGAAGUAAUAGAUGAUUUUGACGUUGCCGAGGAAGAAGAUCUAGUUGAAACAUCGCCCGUUUACCUAUCGAAAGUGCAACGACGUAUAAAGGAGUAUAAAAUAAAUGAACUUAAUCCACCACGAGAAGGUAAGCGCCUGCUUGUUCUCGAUAUUGAUUAUACUCUAUUCGACCAUCGAUCGACUGCGGAAACUGCAGCAGAACUAAUGCGUCCUUACCUACAUGAAUUUCUUGAAUCUGCUUACGAGGAUUAUGAUAUUGUCAUUUGGUCGGCAACUAAUAUGCGUUGGAUAGAGGAAAAAAUGAAAUUAUUGGGUGUAAGCACAAAUCCCAAUUACAAGAUAAUGUUCUAUUUAGACACUUCUGCCAUGAUAUCAGUUUACACAAUUGAACGCGGUGUCGUAGAUGUGAAACCACUUGGACUGAUUUGGGGCCAAUAUAAGCAAUACAGUUCCAAGAAUACCAUCAUGUUUGACGAUAUACAUCGUAACUUUUUAAUGAAUCCACGUUCGGGCUUGCGUAUACGUCCUUUUAGGCAAGCACAUAUUAGUCGACAUACGGACAAAGAGCUGGUGAAACUUUCCAAGUACCUAAAGGAUAUCGCAUUGCAUUGUGAUGAUUUUAAUAAAUUAAAUCAUCGUAAAUGGGCGCAAUAUGACCCCAGUAAACGACGGUAAUAAAUAGGGGAAAUUGUUUCAUAUAUUUUUUUUUUAAAUAAAAAAUGCUAUUGAUUAAAAAUUGAAUGCGUCCUCGCUUAGAUGAGCGUUAUUUCUUACGUAUUUGCACAUCUGCUGGGCAACGAAAUUUUAUAUAAAUCUUUUUUAUUAAGUUGUAACGCGCAUUUGCAUUUGAAUUCAUUUUGUACUUUUUAGUUCAUGU